AUGGCCCGCUCGUUGCCAGAAAAUGUACAGACCUUUGAUGCAUCGUCAAGCUACCCGUCGCCAGUCUCCGCGACGACUCCUCAAGGAUUAGGGUUCUCAACCGUUGGGUUGGGCAUCUCUGGCUGUGGCCUAGAGCCCGGCUUCAACAACCUCAGGGUAAUUCCCGGUGCAGUGCCUUUUGCAGCUUCCGCAACUGCCCCGAGCCAGAUGGUUCCCAUUGAAAGUUACUACGGCAUCACUAUGAAAGUCGACGAUUUCUCCAGGCCGUGCUUCUCGGUCCACAAUGGCCUCCCGCCCGCCUCCGACUCUCCGAUCAAUCUCUACGACUCCCAGACCAUGGGCGUAUCCCCAAGCUACAAUACCUCCUUAGAGGUUGGUGGACAGGGCACUUUUACACAGUCGCUUGAUUCCUGGGCUCCGACGUCGUGUUCCGGACCGACAACUCCACUGGAAGCCGUUGUCGCCACCGGUCAUUGGGAUCAGCCCUACUUUCCAGAGUCGUGCAUCACCGCGAACCCACCGAGAUUACCGAUCAGCAGCGGUCCGUACCAUCAUAUGGCAGUCACAGGGGGAAGCAGACCGCCCACGAGUCAUUACCACGCAGCACGACUUUCUUCUUCUCCUCGCAGCACCACUUCAUCUGAAUGUGUCAUCCCAAAUAUCCCCCAGAAAGUCAAUAAAAAUCACAGAUGCAGCAAAACUCAGAUGGACAAGGACAUGGAUGGGGGACGCAAAUGUCGCGUGUGUGGUUUCGUCUUUACCAGACGCUCCAACUGCACGGAGCACGAGAAACGACAUGACCCCGGCUUCAAGAAAGUCUUCUGCGACGAGUGCAAAAAGGCAUUUGGGAGAAAUGCGGAUCUCCGGAGGCACAUCGAAAGUGCAAGUCAAGUGACAGAGUCCGACAAUGAUACGUGCUGA